AUUCAAUGUUAGUCUCCUAUUACCAAAAUUGAAGUUUAGACCCUAAUCACAGCCAAAACCGCGGUUUUGUUUAAACAACCGUGGAUGAAUGCUGUUUUCUGGUGCCAAGAGAUCUGGAAAUGCAAAAAUAUGAGCGGCUUGAAAAAAUUGGAGAAGGAACUUAUGGAACUGUAUUUAAAGCAAAAAAUCGUGACACACAGGAGAUAGUAGCCCUUAAAAGGGUGCGAUUAGAUGAUGAUGAUGAGGGAGUACCAAGUUCUGCACUACGAGAAAUCUGUCUCCUGAAGGAACUCAAACACAAGAAUAUUGUUCAGCUUUAUGAUGUCCUUCACAGUGAGAAGAAGCUUACCCUUGUCUUUGAGUACUGUGAUCAGGAUCUCAAGAAAUAUUUUGACACGUGCAAUGGGGAAAUUGAUCCCGAUACUGUGAAGUCGUUCAUGUACCAGCUAUUGAGAGGGUUAGCAUUCUGUCACAGUCAUCAUGUUCUUCAUCGUGAUCUUAAACCACAGAAUCUCCUUAUCAAUAAGAAUGGAGAACUGAAGCUAGCUGAUUUUGGUCUUGCCCGUGCCUUUGGUAUCCCAGUACGUUGUUAUUCAGCAGAGGUUGUAACUCUUUGGUACCGCCCACCUGAUGUAUUGUUUGGUGCUAAGGUCUAUACUACAUCUAUUGAUAUGUGGUCUGCUGGAUGUAUAUUUGCAGAGAUGGCUAAUGCAGGGCGACCUCUAUUUCCUGGUAAUGAUGUUGAGGAUCAGUUGAAGAGGAUCUUCAAACUCUUAGGUACUCCAACUGAAGACACAUGGCCUGGAAUAUCAAAGUUACCUGAUUUUAAGCCAUACCCUAUUUACCCUGUGACAACCCCAUUAGCUUCAGUGGUACCCAGUCUAUCAGCUACAGGAAGAGAUUUAUUACAGCGUCUGAUGAUGUGCAAUCCAGCGCUACGAAUGUCAGCUGAAGAAGGGCUUAUGCACCAGUACUUUGCUGAUCUUAACUCUGUCGUCAACUAGAGAGGGCAGUCUUUUAUUGUGCAACUCCUAAUCCUUGAGCACUGUUCUUUUUCAGUUGAGCAUAAGAAGAAAAAAAAAGAAUAUCCUGUUUACUUAGGGAUUUUUAGUAAAACACAAAACAUUUUGUACUUUUAAGAUUAUAUACAUGUAUGCUUUGUAUUAUUAUGUAUAAGUGAUAAUAUGGGCUAAACAUACAUCAUCAGGGCUUAGUGCAUCCUGUAAUAAAUUAUUUGUUUAACUGUAUCACAAGACACUUUGUAAAUAAGAUAUUCUAGAAUUUGGAAAGGAGAAUUAUAUUAUAUUGGAUGGCUCAGAAUGGAAUACCAGAAAUAUUCCAAGAGUUUGGGCAAACAUUCCACGAAUCACAGAUGAGUGGAAUAUUGGCCCUAACGAGUGGAAUUUUCUGUAUUUCUGGUAUUCCAUGAAAGAAAGCCAUCCAAUAUAAUUAUUAUCAUCUAUCCCACCCCUGGCAAUCGAAAAGAGGGGGAAUUUGAUUAAACAAGUCAUAUCACUUAUCACAUAAUGGCAUCAUCACUUCAUAAGAUCAAAUGCGAUUUGCAUGUCGUUCAUUAUGACGUCAUUGAGCGUAGUUAUGCUCCAUGCUGCGCACCGCAUUGCUUUCAUUGUUGUACGCAUUGUAUAUUUCGCGCAUGCGCACUAUACUGUUGAAUAUGGUCUCAUAUUCAAUAGCAAAUUUUGUACAGGAGCCUAUGGGAUAUUCUUUGGAUUUCGAUCAUUCUAGGGAUAUGCUCUGAUACACUGCACAGGUAAUUGAUGCAGACCAAAAUACACAUUUUUAAUGUAUGGCUAAAACGCUCUAUAUAGAUGAUAAUUUGCCAUCCUGCUAUAGUGCAACAGAACAUGUUUUCCUGUCAUACGAAUAUAUGUCUUUUGUUAAAAGGAAUAUUCAUCUGUUAUAAGAUAUUUAUACAGGAUAUCUACACUGCAAGCAAAAGAUUUUAUUUCAAGUGGCCACUUUUAUGACAACAGCUCUAAA